UCCGCCUCAGAAAGCCCAGAAGCAGGCGGGUGAGCGCGGCUCCCCGACUCGGACCCCAACCCCAACCUCCCCUCCCUCUCCCUCUCCCUCUCGCCCAGCCCUCCCACCCGGGCCGGUUCGGCCGCGUAGCCUCCCGGGCGUCGACGAGAGGUUCCCCCCACCGGGUCCGCCGAGACAAGAUGUGGCCCCGCCGGGCAGCCGCGGGCCUCGCCGGGUCCUAGAGCCCAUCCUUCUCGGGCCCCGCGGAGAGACGGGCCGGCCGCACGAUGGGAGUGAACGCCGUGCAUUGGUUCCGGAAGGGGCUUCGGCUCCACGACAACCCCGCGCUCAAAGAAUGCAUCGAGGGCGCCGACACCGUGCGCUGCGUCUACAUCCUGGACCCCUGGUUCGCGGGCUCUUCCAACGUGGGCAUCAACAGGUGGCGAUUUCUACUACAAUGUCUUGAAGAUCUUGAUGCCAACCUAAGAAAAUUAAACUCUCGUCUGUUUGUAAUUCGUGGCCAACCAGCUGAUGUGUUUCCUAGACUUUUUAAGGAAUGGGACAUUGCCAAGCUUUCCUUCGAAUAUGAUUCUGAGCCCUUUGGGAAGGAACGAGAUGCAGCCAUUAAGAAAUUGGCCAGCGAGGCUGGGGUGGAAGUCAUCGUGCGGAUUUCCCACACUCUGUAUGACCUUGACAAGAUCAUAGAAUUGAAUGGUGGACAGCCACCCCUGACAUAUAAAAGAUUCCAAACUCUGAUCAGCAAAAUGGAACCGUUAGCAACACCAGUAGAGACACUAACCCCUGAAAUGAUGAAUAAGUGUGUGACUCCUCUCUCAGAUGAUCAUGACGAAAAGUACGGCGUGCCGUCACUGGAAGAACUAGGUUUUGAUACAGACGGCUUACCUUCUGCAGUGUGGCCUGGCGGGGAGACGGAAGCCCUCACACGCCUGGAGAGGCAUUUGGAAAGAAAAGCGUGGGUGGCAAACUUUGAGAGACCUCGAAUGAACGCUAAUUCCCUUCUUGCAAGCCCGACGGGACUCAGCCCUUAUCUGCGCUUCGGCUGCUUGUCCUGUCGCCUGUUUUACUUCAAGCUGACCGACCUGUACAAGAAGGUAAAGAAGAACAGCUCGCCGCCCCUUUCUCUUUACGGGCAGCUCUUGUGGCGUGAAUUCUUCUACACGGCAGCCACAAACAACCCGCGCUUCGAUAAAAUGGAAGGGAACCCCAUCUGUGUUCAGAUCCCCUGGGACAAAAACCCCGAGGCGCUGGCGAAGUGGGCCGAAGGCAGGACGGGCUUCCCCUGGAUUGAUGCCAUCAUGACCCAGCUGCGCCAGGAGGGCUGGAUUCACCAUUUGGCCAGACACGCAGUUGCCUGCUUCCUGACCCGAGGGGACUUGUGGAUCAGCUGGGAGGAAGGCAUGAAGGUCUUUGAAGAGCUGCUGCUUGACGCCGACUGGAGUAUCAAUGCAGGGAGCUGGAUGUGGCUGUCCUGCAGCUCCUUUUUCCAGCAGUUUUUCCAUUGCUACUGUCCCGUCGGUUUUGGCAGGAGAACCGAUCCCAAUGGAGACUAUAUCAGACGCUACCUGCCCGUUCUUCGAGGCUUCCCCGCAAAGUACAUCUAUGACCCCUGGAACGCACCAGAAGGCAUCCAGAAGGUGGCAAAGUGCGUGAUAGGUGUGAACUACCCCAAACCCAUGGUCAACCAUGCCGAGGCUAGCCGCCUGAACAUUGAACGGAUGAAGCAGAUCUACCAGCAGCUAUCACGAUACAGAGGACUGGGCCUUCUUGCUUCUGUGCCCUCCAACCCGAAUGUCAACGGUGGUCUCAUGGGCUACACACCUGGAGAAAACAUUUCUGCUGGUAGCAGCAGCAGCGGAGCUGUUCCCGCGACUGCCAACGAUGGGCAGACUCUUAAGGGCUGCGUGCCCCCAGAGCCCACCACAGGAGCCAGUGGCACUCAACAACAAGGUUACUCUCAGGGGACUGGGAUUUCACAUUAUUCACAUGAAGACAGUCAGCAGGCUUACAUGUUAAAGCAAGGAAGAAGCACUCUCAGCGGCAACAAGCGGCCCCGGCAAGAGGAGGACCCCCAGAGCGCCGGCCCCAAAGUACAGCGACAGAGUACAAACUAGGCAUCUGUGCCACAUCUCUCCUCCCAGCGGGAGAAAGAAAAGUGCAAACAAAGACCGGCUCAUCCGAGAAAGGGCAGAGUCCCCCAGAGCAUCAUCAAGGGCUAGAGGAAACAGCAUCAAUUCUUAGUGGAUGAAACAGCGAACUUACAGGUCCCAGCUUUCUGGCAAAAAUAAAUGUGUAGACAUCGUUCUCCAACCAUCCUGUUUCCCUGACUGUGUGACCGAGUCAAACUGGGGCAGUGCUGCUAGCUGUAGGUGGUUAUCAUGGGGCUCCUUCUAGAAGCUCUUCCCUUCCCUUCCUUGUUUCUAGAGUCCUCCAUUCAUUCUGCCAUUUUAGAAACAGAGAUCCUUUUCGAGUUUGGAAAUGAUUGGGGGUGGGGAAGGGGGGGAGGACUGGCCUUUCUCUGAAGCAGCUGAGACGGUUACCUGCACACCUCAUCCCAAGGCUGCCUUCCCCCAUGCCCUUUCUCCUUCGAGGCUCCCAGGGGGGUUGAGGUGACUCGAAUCCAGAGCCGUGGGCUUCAUUAUAGAUCGAGGUUAGCUUCAGAAGUGUGUGACGACCCUUUCACUUGAACUCAGUCUCUAAAACAAAAAGCCUUCUUUCCUUUCUCCUGGCUCCAUGACGGUGACUGACUGCUCACUUCAUCAACUGAUCUCCUCCCUUUUAUUUGGUGUCGAGCGGUUCCUCGAGUCUUUCUGAUCUAGUUGAGCUUUUCCCUUGCAUUGGUGGCUUCUUGAUCCAACUGCAUUUCUAAACCCCUUUGAGGGAGGAGGAAAUUGCUCAGGCUUGGAGCAUCUGUGGGGCCUCACCAGGAGAGCAUCCAGGUGGGAAUAUAGGUGAGCAGGAAAUAGCAGUAUCUGUGCUGGAUUUCUCGUAAGCAAAACUUUGGCUUUGUGGGGUUUUCCCCCUCUGUUCAGGAAGAAAUGCUGUUGGUAGUUGAAAUUGGAAUCUUUUAAUAAAUUCUUUCAAAAUGUUCCUCAUUGAUGGAAACCAGUUACAUUUUUGAGAUGUGUUCUUUCUAAUGGCAUUUUUAUGGUUUUUAACUUUUUAUUGAAUUUCACAAAGGAACAAAUGGUAAUUUGUAUAUAAAGGACUCAGUAAUGAAUUUGUUUAAUGUAAAUAGAAAUAUUCAUGAUUAGUGAUAGACUUCUCAAUAUAUUUUUGAUAAUUUUUCACAUAGGGAAAAAGUACAGGUGGUAACUAAGGAGAGUUUCCAGCAGACAUGGGAGAAACGUGGAGGUUGUUCUGACUUUCUGAAAAGAUGUUAACAUUUUGAGGCACGGUUUUCUUGACCUCAUUGGAUGAUCCAGUAUUUUGCAAACUUUGAUAACAUAAAGUUUAGAAAAUGUAUGUAUCUGUACCUGUUGGGUAGAGCACUCCCAAACAUAGCCGUGUCUGUUUGAAAACUUUGUGGGCUCCGGUGUGUGUGUCCACAGUUGUGCAAAGCAUCAUUUAUAUGUCCCCUUUUCCUCAUAUCUCUAUUUUUUUGUUUACUGCUCAAGUGGCCUUGUCAAUAAAGUGUAAAU